GACCCUGAAGUGGAGGAUCCUGGGAACCAGGAUAACAGGCCUCCGGUUGUUGAAUCUGACGAUGAGGCAGAGUACUACAGACAGGCUGUAGGGGAGGAGCCAGAUGAAGAUAUGUUCCCUGCAGCCAAGAGGAGGCAAAGACCUGAAAGGCCCUCAGGCGGACCCUUCAAGAAGAGGAAACCGUUCUCUGGUGACGACAGUAAAAACAAAUAUGGUUCCAAGUCACCUCAUAGGUCUGGUCCAAGAGGGAAACCCAGAGACCGAAUGGGGGGUGACGGGGACAGGAAAGAGGGAAAGAAAUUUGGGGGUGGAGGCAAAUCUUUUGGAAAGAUGUCACCGGGGGGCAAGAGGUUUGGAGGGAAGAAAUUUGGGGAUGGGGACAAGCGGUUUGGAGCGAAAAAAUUCUGUGACGGAGAUAAGAGAUUUGGAGGGAAGAAGUUUGAGAGGGGAAAGACAUUUGGGGGAAAGAAAUUGGGGGUUAUAAGUUUAAGGGCAAACCUCGUCAUGGUGGUUUGA